UACGCAGGCGGCGCUAGCUCCACUAGCUCACUCACGUCAUGACCAUGCCGAUGAAGAAACAUUUGGUCGCUGCCAUGAUCACCUUGGCCUUGCUCAUGGUGUCGUCAUAUCGCGCAACAGCACGUUACUGCGAAACAUCGGGGGGGAUUAAGUGCUACAACGACGAGAUGUGCUACAACCUCUGCUCGGAUUCACCUGGUUGUCGCUUCACCAGCGGCUACUGCCGCUCCAGAGACUCAACCUGCGUAUGCCUCAGAGAGAAAACCGCCGUGUGGGGAGAAAAAGCCAACGACGGAGAAGGAGAAGCAGCCGCCGGCCAUGGCGGCGGCAGCGGCGGCGGCGGCGCGAUGCUUAUUAGCUAGUAAUUGAUUACUAAGUGCCGAUCGACGGGUAGUAGCAGGAAGCACAAUGUUUUGAUGGAUCGAUGCCUCUGCUCGAUCAUGUGUUGCCAACUGCCAACUGCAUGCGUUGCAAAAUUUGAAGCGAAUAAUAAUAAGUUGAUGAUCCAUGUGAAA